AUGGGCCUCACAAGGCCCUUGCAGUGGCUUAGCACCAGCACCUGUUGUGUGUCUCCUCAGACACAAUCACCAUUAAAUAUUGCAAGCAACCCGUUCCAUGCUCUGUUGCUGCUGCUGUGGGAAGCAGCAAAGGGGAGGAAUGCUGAUGACGUGACAGGGAUGACAUCUCAAGUUUUUGAAGAAGGCAGCAAAAGGAGUGGUGGUGUGGUAAGCAGGACGAGUGCCACACGGGGCACUGAGCUGGGAAUGUGGUUGGGGAUUGCAGUUCUGGUUUCUCUUGCUGGAUGCUUGGCUGGGGAGGAAGCAACUGAUGAUGAAGGAAUCCCCUGCUCAAAGUACCAGCAAGCUUUCAACCGUUCCUGCUACGAGUUUGUGAGACUCCAACAAACCUUCACAAGUGCCCAGAGCUGGUGUGAGAGAGGAGGAGGGCACCUUGUCUUUAUUCAAAAUGAGGAAACUCAAGAGUUUUUGCAAAAACAUAUUGCUGAGGAUCAGGAGUGGUGGAUAGGACUGAUCUCAAACUCCUUCCAGAACGAAACUACUGACGGGUCGAUGAUUUGGCUGGACACUUCAAAUAUAAGCUACACUAACUGGUACAAGGAUCAGCCAUCUUCCAUCUCAUCUACAUGUGGGUACAUCCUGAAGAAUGCCAAGUAUCAGUGGGGUGUGACUGAAAAUUGCAGCCAGGAAUUUGACUUCAUUUGUGAGUUUGAAUCUGGCCAGAGCAUUGCUUGUGAUAAUUACAAUGCCACUGUGCAGUGUGGAUCUGGAGAAGUUAUUCAAAUUGGAGAGAGCUUCUAUGGACGGAAGACCCCUCAUUACUGUGUGUCUGAGACUCCACUCCAGGAGGAUACAGACGAAGGCUGCAGCUGGAUCAGUGUCAAAGAUGAAGUAGCAGGCCAGUGUCACGGUCUCCAGGCCUGCCAGGUGACAGCAGAUGGCACUUUCUUUGGAGAUCCUUGUCCAGCUUGGGGAAGCUAUUUGUCUAUUCAAUACCACUGCAAGGAAGGUCUGCAGCUGGUUGUGACAGAUUCAUGUUUUGUCUUUGAAAAUAUCACGGUCAGUCUGAACUGGCUGCUCUCACCAUACUCUGGCAACCUGUCCUGUACCAUCAGCACUGGAGAUGGUCACACUAUUGAUCCUUACUACCCUCCAACGCUGGUCAGCAACAUCACAUACAGAUACUCCUCCCCUGGAGAGUUCACUGUUUUUGUGGAAUGCACCACCAGUGAAUGGCACGUGAUGGCACAGAGGCAGGUGACUGUCCAAGAUAAGAUGGAUCAACUGAGCAUUACUGGGUGCUACAGCCAGUAUGAAACUGGGAACAGCUCUCACUGCCGUGCACUGUAUGGGGAGGUGUUGUGGAUUCAAGUGGAACUCAAUGGAGGCAAUGGAGUGACCUACAUUAUGUCAGCAGAUAACAUAACACUGGCUGAAUCCAGCAUAAAGGAAGGAAUUGCCCCUCAUAACCUGACACUGGACAGUGCCUCUCAAGAGCUGCUAGGCCCAGGGAUACAUCAGCUGGAAAUCCGAGCAUCCAGCAACACGACGGCGUCAGAGAUCUCCGAGACUUUUGCUGUUCACUUAGUUGAGCCAAUAUCUGGGCUUCAGGCUGCAUUGGCUUCCCACACUCUGCAGCUGGGGGAGAAUUUGGAGGUGAAUGUCUCUGUGUCUCGUGGUGCCCCAGCUGAGGUGACGUUUGAGGUGAUGGGAUCGAACGGAACUCACUCUCACACGGAGGAUGGUCCUCGUGGGGAACCUCGGACGUACGUGGUUCCCCUGCACUCGGAAGGUAUUUUCCUAGUGAAAGUGGUGGCCAAGAAUGCCUUCUCAAACAUGAGUCUGGAUCUUGGAUUCAUCACUGUGUUGGCAAACACUUCCCAUAAAAAAGGUAAUGGCAUUAAUCUGACAGUGCUGGUUUUGACCACACUUUUUGCAAUCAGAGCCCUUAAUGGAAUAUUUAUGAGUCUGAUUCUUACAGCCCUGUCUUUCACAGUGUCAGUAGUCAAACCCUGUGGAUUUAAGUCAUCUUCACUGAGGAUGUCUGAAAGCUUUACAGGUUCUGCUAAGGAAGAAGGCAGCUACAAAACAAAUAUCCAAAAGGCAACUGAUCACAAAAGAGAACCCAAAAUCUAUGUUAAACCAAGUCGCCACGUGGAUCCUUUCACAACUGUUACACUUGGCUGGCCAGACAACAACAGUAAUUCCAGUUUUCUCUGGUCCUGUGGAGCUUGCUGGCCUGCAUGGAAUGAAUGUGUGCUGCAACAGAUAAUCCUAACCAACCAAUCUGAGGUGCAAAUCCCACCUUCCUGCCUUCCUCCUCCGAAAUCAGCAGUGACUGUCAGGAUUACAGUCCGAAACCACGGCAGUGAAGAGAGGCAGGACGAGCAGUGUCUCUAUGUGACUGCAAAACAAGAACUGCAACUGGAAAUCAGGUGUGAGGCAAACUGCAAACCAGUGAAUAUUAGCAAUGAAGUUGUUUUGAGUGUCUCUGGACAGAAGGACUCCCAGGCCAUGCAUUAUAACUGGUAUUUGGAUAACACAUCCCAAACCAAGUCUACAACCCUCCCUCUGGCCUGUGGCCUGACUGGUUUCCGGCAGAACUCUUUGAAUUUGCUUCAAAGCAACACAUCCGUGCUGAGAAUGAACAGCUCCUUCUUGCAGACACAGGGAGAAGCUUUUCAGAUUAAAGUAACAGCAGUGACUCGGCACCGCUACGGGGAGGGGAUGUACCUUGUCAGCACCGUGCCCCCGCCCGGCAUCCCCGCCUGUGCCGUGUCUCCCGAGCAGGGAUCCGUGCUCACCACCUUCAGAGUCUCCUGCAGCGCUCCCGGCUCGGUGGGUUCACCCCAACCCGGUCCCAACAGGCAGCUCACGUACUGCUUCUACCUGAAACCAAACUCUCUCCUGGACUGCAGCCCGGAUCCUGAACUCUUCCCAGUCUAUCUUCCACUUGGAGAAGAGGAAAAUAAUUUUAUUGUACAUGUGACAAUCACUGUUAGCAACACCUUUGGUGAUACAGUUCAAACAAAUGCUUCAGUGAAGGUUGGACCUGCAGAUGGGAUGGAUGGGAACCUGACCCUGCAGGGCAUGGUAUCUGAGAAGGCAAACACCAUUCUAAAAGAUGGGAACAACAGCAUGAGCCUUUUCCAGCUGUACAAAUCAGUGACAUCUGUCCUUAACCAGCAGACCCAAGAGGAAAGCUUUAACAUGUCUUUGCAGACAAAGACACGAAAAGAGCUCCGAGGGCUGAUGCUGACAACUCUCUCUGCUGUUAAUGUAACAUCAAUGCAGGCUGCUCUUAAGAUGUCAGAGGUGUUGAAAGAAAUCACUUCCAGGAGUGAAGAGCUGUCUGUCUCAGCACAGGUGGAAGCCAGCAACACUCUGAAAGGUGUCAGUGCUUCCUUGCUCGCUGUAAACCCAGAGGACAGCAGAGAUGAUCAGAACUUAAAGGAAGCUGCCAACCAUCUAUUUAAUGCAGUCAGCAACGUCCUUAAAGCUUCUGUAGAAAUCAGAGCUGCAAACUCUUCAGUGCCAGAGGCAGAACAGAUUUCGGUGUCACACCAGCUCCUGAGUACAGUGGAAAAUCUCCAGAGUGCCCUCCUGUUUGGGAAAGCCCCGGAUGAUGAACCUACAGUGCUCACCACUCCUUCUGCCACAAUGUACACACACAGUGUUUCAGGACUUGAUGAUGAAACAGUGGAUAUAAGGAUGGUGAGCUUUGCUGUGAACCCCUUUUUCUCCAGUGACACCAGUUUUGACAUCAGUGGAACAGUGGGGGGUCUAAGUCUUACUGGUCUGGAUGGCUUGAUCAUACCGGUCAGCAACCUCAAAGAGAACAUUGAAAUCAUGUUACCAAGGCUUUCAUCAACUCAGGAAGAUAAGAUUCUGUUGAAUCUGGGCAAUUAUAGCACUUUCCAAGUCAAUGUUACCUCAGAAAACACAUCUAUAGUGAUCUACCUGGAAUCUGAACACAACAUUCCACUAAUACUCUACUUGGGGUACGGUUAUCACCCAAAUGAGACUAAUUAUGAUAUGAAAAAACAUCUGUUCUCUAAGAAAGCUGCUGGAGGUGAGACAAACACCUGGGUUCUUAGCCCGGAAGAACUCAUUUUUGGAGGAGGAACCUACUAUUUCAUGGUUUUGCAAGAUAUGGGAAUGGAUUCCAAAGUCUAUGCUGGGCUAACCAUAGGUGUCACUUGCUUUGCAUCCCGCUGUGUAUUUUGGGAUGAGCGCCAGGGGAGCUGGAACAGCUAUGGAUGUCAUGUAGGACCAAAAACAAAUCCUAGAAGCACACAGUGCCUGUGCAACCAUCUGACUUUCUUUGGGAGCUCCUUCCUUGUCAUCCCCAAUGCCAUAGAUGUCAGCAAAACUGCACAGCUAUUUGGUACAUUUGUGGAAAAUCCUGUGGUGGUGACAACUGUAGGAUGCAUCUUUCUGAUAUAUGUGCUUGUAGUUAUUUGGGCUCGAAGGAAAGACAUCCAGGAUGAUGCCAAAGUGAAAAUCACAGUCCUGGAAGACAAUGACCCCUUUGCUCAGUAUCGGUACCUGGUGACAGUUUUCACAGGACACCGCCGUGGCGCAGCCACAACCUCCAAGGUGACUCUCACUCUCUGUGGAAUGGAAGGAGAGAGUGAGCCCCACCAUCUAACUGAUCCUGAUACAUCUGUGUUUGAACGUGGAGGAGUGGAUGUUUUCCUUCUCUGUACCUUCUUCCCUCUUGGGGAACUGCAGAGUAUUAGAUUGUGGCAUGAUAACUCAGGGGACAGCCCAUCCUGGUAUGUGAAUCGAGUAUUAGUCCAUGAUCUGGCAUGGGAUCAGAAAUGGUACUUCCUCUGUAACUCCUGGCUAGCCAUUGAUAUUGGAGAAUGUGUCCUAGAUAAAGUGUUCCCGGUAGCUACAGAACAGGACAUGAAGCAGUUCAGCAAUCUGUUUUUCAUGAAGACCUCCAGGGAUUUCCAGGACGGGCACAUCUGGUACUCGGUUUUCAGCCGCUCCCCACGAAGCUCCUUCACGCGCGCCCAGCGCGUGUCGUGUUGCUUCUCCCUGCUCCUGUGCACCAUGCUGACCAGCAUCAUGUUCUGGGGCGUGCCAAAGGAUCCAGCCGAGCAGAAAAUGGAUCUGGGUAAGAUCGAGUUCACAUGGCAGGAAGUGAUGAUUGGCUUUGAGAGCUCCCUCCUCAUGUUCCCCAUCAACCUGCUCAUUGUGCAGAUCUUCAGGAACACACGACCCCGGCCAGCCAAGGAGGGGAGACAGAGGAAGCCGGGGAAGAAUGGCCGAGUGUCCCCAAGCGUACCCCUCACCCCAGAGGUCACCCAGGCUGCCUCGCUCACUCCAGAGGCUGUGACAAAGGACAUAAGAAGAAUUGCCAACUCACUCUUGAAAGUCCUGAAGACUCCACCUCUCACCUCAGCAUCAGAUCUUGGAAAAACAACAAACAUCAACUCCCUUCUGUCAUUGGUUGAGGACAUCAUCUGCCAGCAGAACAGAGCUGGGCAAGGGUUUUAUGAUGGGAGCAAGAAGGAUGGCCCUAUAAUUGUCACUUUAGGUUCUAUGGAUAUGCAAGAAAAAACAAGAAGCCCAAGUCCAGAGAAGAGAAUUUGUGAGCGACCGAAAUACAGUGAUUACAAUCGCUGCUUGUACACACAACUCCAGCAUGUGGAGAUGGAGCUGGAAUUACUGGGGCCCCAUAAAUUCCAGGUGCCUCAGAGUUACACACAAGCUGUUCAUCAGGUUCAGCACAUGAAGAACCUCCUGGAGCCCCGAAUGUGGUCCCUUACUCCAAACUUCUCCGGUGAUGACAAGAAGAGUGUUUCUUCCAAAGGACUGCCCUGGUGGUUUGUGUUCAUCGGGUGGUUCCUGGUGGCAGCUACCAGUGGUGUGUCCGGGUUCUUUACCAUGCUCUAUGGGCUGCACUAUGGCAAGGAGAACUCCAUCAAGUGGCUGAUCUCCAUGGUCAUCUCCUUCUUGGAAAGUCUUUUCAUCACACAGCCCUUAAAGGUGCUGGGAUUUGCUGCUUUUUUUGCUCUGGUUCUGAAGAAGGUGGAACAUGAGGAUGUAGAAAACCCAGCUAUUGAUGGGCCUUUAUCUGCACCAGGUGAUUCACACCCUCUCUUUGGAGCCCGAAGGGACAGUAGAAGCAACAUUUACCGGCCACCUCCCGCAGCUGAUGUGGAAAAAAUGAAAAUCAGCUGCAUGAAGGAGCAGAAAGCAUUUGCCCUCAUCCGAGAAAUCCUGGCCUAUAUUGGGUUUUUAUGGAUGCUGUUACUGGUUGCCUAUGGGCAGAGAGAUCCCAAUUCCUACUAUUUGAACAAACACAUUGAGGACAGCUUUACAGCUGGAUUCCACGAUGUCUACAGUUACCAGGAUUUCUUCACGUGGGCAAACACCACCUUACUCAAAAACCUUUAUGGAUCAUAUAAAGGAUUCAUUACAGAUGGCAAUUCCAAGCUGGUGGGGAGUGCUCGAAUUCGCCAAGUAAGAGUGAAAGGAGACACCUGCCCUAUUUCUCCCAAACUCCAGCAUGUAGUUGAGGAAUGCCAUGCUCCAUACUCCCUAGAGACAGAAGAUACAGCAGUUUAUGGGGAACACUGGAAUUCUUCAGUCUUUGAUAACUCCUCUGACCUGAGCUCAGCGUGGCAGUAUCAGAGUCAGUCCAAACUGAGAGGGCAGCCCAGCUGGGGUAAACUGGCCACCUACAGUGGAGGGGGAUACGUGAUUCAGCUGGGAACCGAUCCUGGGAAUGCCUCCAGAAUUCUCCAAUACCUUUUCAGCAAUGUCUGGCUGGACACCUUCACCAGAGCAGUGUUUGUUGAAUUUACAGUCUACAAUGCCAAUGUGAACCUGUUCUGCAUUAUAAGCCUGAUGUUUGAGAGCAAUGCUUUGGGGGCCUUCUUCCCAAGUGCAGAGCUGCAGAGUGUCCGGCUUUACCCCUACACCAACAGCCUCCACAUCUUUGUGGUUGCAGCAGAAGGGAUUUAUUUCCUCUUUAUUGUGUACUACAUGAUAGUACAGGGGAAACUGCUGAAGAGUCUGAGAUGGAGAUAUUUCCACAGCAAGUGGAAUCUCCUGGAGAUGGCCAUUAUAUUGAUUAGCUGGAGUGCUCUGUCAGUGUUUGUGAAGAGGACAAUCCUUGGGACCCGAGACAUCAGUUACUACCAGGAACACAAAGAGAACUCUGUGAGCUUCAGUGAGACAGCGAGAGCUGAUGCAGUUCUUGGCUACCUGAUCGCCUUCCUGGUGCUCCUCUCCACAGUGAAACUGUGGCACCUCCUCAGGCUCAACCCUAAACUAAACAUGAUCACCUCAACACUGAGGAGGGCAUGGGGUGACAUCUCUGGAUUCAUCACUGUGAUUGCAAUCAUGUUCCUUGCCUAUUCCAUUGCUGCAAACCUGAUAUUUGGCUGGAAGCUCUACUCUUACAAAACUCUCUUUGAUUCAGCAGAGACCAUGGUCAGUCUUCAGCUGGGAAUCUUCAACUAUGAAGAGGUCUUGGACUACAAUCCAGUUUUAGGCUCCUUCUUAAUUGGAUCCUGCAUCAUUUUUAUGACAUUUGUGGUACUGAAUCUGUUCAUUUCGGUGAUUCUGGUUGCUUUUAGUGAGGAGCAGAAGCACUACCAGGCUUCAGAAGAAGAGGAGAUUGUUGAUCUAAUGCUAAUGAAACUCUUCAGUUUCUUCGGGAUUAAAUGCAAGAAGGAAGAGAAGCCAGUCACUGAGGGGCAGCUGGAGCAACCUGUCAACGAGUGAACGACGACCACAUUGAAAAGUCACUUUGCUUGUGGGCAAAAUAUUUACUCGUUCGCUGUCAGCUGCAGUGGUUAGGGUUAGGUUAGGUUUUAGGCUUAGGUUAUCGCAGCUUCUCACUAGAACGGGCUUACCCAAGGGAAUGGCGUGAAGCUGUGUCGGGGAGGUUUAGGUUGGACAUAAGGAAAACGUUAAAGAGGGUGGUCGGGCACUGAACAGGCUCCCAGGGCAGUGGUCGUGGUCCCAAGCCUGAGGGAGUUCAAGGAGCCUUUGGGCAAUGCUCUCAGGCACAUAGUGGGAUUCUUGGGGUUGUCCUGUGCAGAGCCAGGAGCUGGACUUUGAUCAUCGGUGUGGGUCCCUCACAACUCAGAAUGUUCUGGGAGAAUGACGCGGUGUCCAGCAGCGAGCCGUUCUCAGCGUGUUAUUUUGCAGUAACAGCUAAGAAGUAACGCUAAACCUAAGGCGAAACG